GGUCACGGGAAAGCAACAACAAGCCACGGCCGCCCCCCAAAUCCCCAUAUCCAUCCCCUUGGAUCCGAUCCGCAGCCGCAUCUAGGGUUUCGAUUUGAUGGCGUCCGCCGAGGCCGAGAAGAAGAUGAUCACGCUCAGGAGCUCCGACGGCGAGGAGUUCGAGGUCGAGGAGGCGGUCGCGAUGGAGUCGCAGACCAUCCGCCACAUGAUCGAGGACGACUGCGCCGACAACGGCAUCCCUCUCCCCAACGUCAACGCCAAGAUCCUCUCCAAGGUCAUCGAGUACUGCAACAAGCACGUCCACGCCGCCAAGCCCGCAGAUGACGCCGCACCCGCUGCCGCCGACGCCUCCGCCGGCGCAGAGGACCUCAAGAACUGGGACGCCGAGUUCGUCAAGGUCGACCAGGCCACGCUCUUCGACCUCAUCCUGGCUGCCAACUACCUGAACAUCAAGGGAUUGCUGGACCUGACCUGCCAGACGGUUGCUGACAUGAUCAAGGGCAAGACUCCGGAGGAGAUCCGCAAGACAUUCAACAUCAAGAACGACUUCACCCCUGAGGAGGAGGAGGAGAUCCGCAGGGAGAACCAGUGGGCUUUCGAGUGAUUGAAAUCUUUGGUGGUGGCCGUGUUGCUUGGAAGAAACAAGUGUGCACUGCAAUGCUACUUACUAGUGCUAGUUGUACUAUUAUCGGGUCAUAAUGGUUGUAAUUACUUUUGGUGAACCUACUAGGUGGUUAUUAUGGUUUAGAUGGAGGUUAAACUGAGUGGUACGUACGUUUGAAGCUGUUAUCUGCAGCUAGUUAGUUAAUAUAAUACUAUGUGUCGAGUGGAUUAUGAAUUGCCUCCUGUAUAUGCUCUGCUCGUUUUAUUUUGGUGCUCUGCUC